AUGUGUGAGCUCCGUCUCCAGGUCGACCAACACCGGCCACUACUGGUCGGUAUAACGGAGACCUGGGUUCACUCGGGGAUAUCCGAUGCCGAACUGGAAAUUCCCGAGCUAGACAUCCUGCGACAGGAUAGAACAGACGGCAUAGCCCUUGGCAAGGAAAAGAAGCGAGUGGAACCAAUACCAAUGGAUUACGACGCCUACUUUGAAUUACGCAAAAAAUGUAAGCUACAAAGAAAGCAAGACACCAGUGAGCACCAGAGGCAGUUCUUGAACCGGGCCAUUGCGGACCCGAGGAGUUUCUAUAAGAACAUCUAUAUGGUGACCCAGGCGAAACCCGGGAUCACAGACAUCCGUCGUGCGGAUGGAUCCCUUACGGAUGGCAACCAGGCUGCUGCUAACACCCUGGGUGAGUACUACUCUACGGUAUUCAGCCCAUAA